AUUCAAAUGAUGUUAAAAAAGAAUUUAUAAAGUAACAUCGUACUAUUAAUGAUUAGUUAACUGAUAGCGAAAAUUAGGUUAGAAUUGUAAGAGUUUGUUUGGAUUAAUAUAUUCGAUGAAUUAUUAUUAUUUUUUUUCUUUAUGAUUAUAUGUGAUCUUUUAUUUAUUUAUUUCUUUUCAUUUUUUCCUUUUUUCAUUCUUUCUUCGACCAACAAUUGCAUAAUACUAUUAUAAUGAUUUAUCUCUCUAAAACAUAAAGGCGUUUCGAAUUAAUCUUAUUACAAAAUGAAAUAGAUACCAAGAGAUAGAGUUAGCCAUACUGAUAGCAUUAUCGGCUUAUCAUCGUUUAUUAAGUAAACUAAAGAUGAAUCGUACAAUUAGUCAUACAAUGUAGGUUGCGUUACUAGAUCAUCAUCUACUGUCUUGUUAUAUUGAAGUUGCUUUUUCAAAAUUCUUAUACUCAUUUCAUAAAUACGUUUUCAUGAGCACAUUUCGACAUUCUUAAUUAAUAUGAUCAAAUAAUUCUGCACUCAUUUAAAAAUAUAUCUAUAUAAAUAUAAAGAUUGAAUCUUAUAAAAUGUGUGUGUCACAGAAAUAUACAAAAAAAAUAUAAAUAAUAAGAAUAAUUACAAUGUACUUAAAGUUAUAUAAAAUAUUUUCAAAUUUACCGCCUUAAAAUUGAACCAAUCGAAACAAAUCGCUAUUGCGCAUAUACAAAUUUUCUUUUUAUCAAUAUAACCUAAUAAUAUACUGGAUGUAUUUUUAUUUAACCGGUAUUAAAAGAGGUUAUACAAAGUUUAUAUAAAAUAUCUGAUUUUUUUUAUCUUAAUGUAAACAUUUGUAUGAUAUAUAAAUCAAUAUUAACAAAAAUUUAUUUUUUAUUUCCAUACACAAAACAUAUUAAUACUCUUUCAAUAUGGUAUCGUUUUUAACUGAUGUGUUAAUUACAGCAGGGCAAGUUGAAAAGCUCAAUCUUCGAGAAAAAAUUUCUCAAAUACAGGAGGAUAUAGUAAAGCUAAAGUAUGAUGUCAAAGAUUUCUUGGAUGAUAAUUAUAUUGAAUUUUCAUCAAAACUGACAAAAAAUCAACGUUUAGUUUCUAAAGCUGAAAUACUUACAAAAGAAAUGAACGAUUUACAAAAAAGAAUAGAUGAUCAGAUCAAAGUAGAAUUAUCUGGGUCCAUAAAGGAAUUAAAGAAUCUUUCACAAGCGUUGAAAGAAUCAAACCUUUGUCUUCACUUAUCUAACCAAUUAUUAUCUCUGGACGAAUGCAUUAAGUUGAUAAAACAAUAUCAAGAAGAACAGCGAUACGUUGAUACUGCUAAAAGCUUAUGUACAAUGCAAAAUUUAUUGGACAAUCCUGAAAGUGAUUUACAAGAUCUUGAUAUUUAUAAUGCAAUUAAAGAGGAAUAUAAAAAUUUACAUGAUUCAUUUUUAUCUCAUGCUUCUUUGCUUUGGGACGAGCGUAUUUGUUGGACUGGUUUAGAAAAUAAUAAGAAUGAAACAGUCGUUACACUUCAUAUUAGGGAUAAACUUGAAAAUAUAGAAGACUUAAUUCGUGGUUUGCAUUACGUCAACAAACUUUCUGAUCAUUUGGAUCAAUUUUCAGAAACAAUAAUGAGUCAUAUAAUUCAACCGAUUAUCAAUGAGCAUUGCUCAGUUUUUGUUUCAAAAGAAAAUAUAUUCACCAUUGAAUAUAUUGAUAGAAAAGAAAUACCUGUUUAUAAAAGUGUCUUGCAUAAUUUAAAAUUAUUAUUUAGAUAUCUUCAUGAACAUUUUAAUGUUAUAAUAGAUGAUAAUCAGACCUUACUUAUGAAAAUGCAGCCGCAUAUGUUAGAACAAUUAGCAGAAAGUCUUACAAUGAAUUGCAUAGCUAGAACUAUUCCUAGUUCUAGCACAGAAUUAAAAAAUUUUGAACCAGUAGUUGAAGAAACUAAUGACUUUCAAAGUUAUUUAAUAGAAAUAGGAUUUAUCACAGAAGAAAACUUAUUCUUGAAAGAAUACACUGAUAAUAUUGAUAAACUUUUUAUUGAUAAAAUAUGCCAAGAUUUAAUGGUAAAAGCAAGAAAUAUUAUUAAGAAAGAUCUACAUGAUUCAAUUAAACACAUACCAGAGAUCCCAUUAAAAUUUCCAAAUGAUGAGUUAGAAAGUGAAGGCGUAUCAAUUCACAGAUACUUAAAUGAAUCUUCUUUUCAACUACCAUCUUGUCAAAUAAGCAAAAGUGCGAAAGAAAUACUAGAUCUUGCAAGAAGUAUUUUGGAUGAGGCCUGUGACAGUUCAGAUGCUUCUGCAGUCAGACUGUUUUAUACAUGUAGAAAUGUAUUUGAAAUGUAUGCAGGACUAGUACCUGAACAUCACAAAAAAUUUUUGGAAACAAUACCACAACAAGUCGCUCUAUUCCACAACAACUGUAUGUAUCUCGCACACCACCUACUCACAUUGGCACAUGAAUACAGGGAUAAAUUGCCGAGAUCAUUGCAACAGCUUAACUUAACUUUUACUGAUCAAACACUGAUACUACGCAAUGUCGGUUCUGAAUGUUUCCUAGAGCACAUGAGAUAUCAGAGAGAUAUUAUUAUAGAUAUUCUCAAAGAGUCAGGUUUAGCAGCACUAGGUCAGGUUUCUGAAUUACCUUCGUCAACUGAACGUGCAUUGAGACAAUGUAUCAGACAAUUAGAAUUGUUGAAGACCGUCUGGUUAGAUGUUCUACCUGUCAAUAUUUAUUGCAGAGCUGUAGGAUGCAUCGCUAAUUCUAUGGUCGAAGAUUUAAUAAUAAGAGUUACAUCUGUUGAAGAUAUACCUGCUGAUAUAGCUUCUGACUUAGUGAUAAUGUUCAAUACAGUUGCAACACGAACGCCAAUGAUAUUUCCAGAAUCUGAGAAGAUAGCACAAUAUGCACGAAAAUGGAAAAAAUUCUUAGAACUUAUUAAAGUUCUUGGUGCAUCAUUGAAAGAGAUAGAGAUUAGAUGGGCAAAUGGGACAGGUCCUCUUGCAAAAGAAUUUACAGCUAUUCAAGUAAAACAACUUAUUAGAGCAUUAUUUCAAAAUACAGAAAGAAGAUCAGUUCUCUUAGCUUCUAUUAAAUAAUACAAUACUGUAUUGAUAUAUUGUUAAUAAUCAGUGGAGAAAGAAAAUUUAUUUAUAUUUUAUACAUUUCAUCUUA